GCUCACUCAUGAUGCGCCCGCGACUGGCUGAACUCUUUUCUUUCCCACCAUGACCUUGUCUUAUUGGAUUCUCCAGGGGCCAGUGUUUAUUUCCUUGUGAUGAUUGACCUGUUUUUGGUUACACCUAGUUGUUGCGAUCGGGCCAAAGUUUCGUCUCCAGUGGUGUAGUCAAAAGGUGUCAGAAGUCACAAACAGCCUGAUCGCAAACACACAAGAAAAAGUCCCCGAAGGAAAUAGAAACUUCGGUGAAAAAGAGGACACAUGGCUAUACUUGGCUCAGCAGAAAUUUAAUCAAUUGGCCCAGUUGGCCAAGAGUUCUCGGCUGAUCAUAACCGCCAGCGUUGCGUUGCCUUUGGAUCCCCUCCAACACUCGCACCAUGAACAUAAACAUGGCGGUUUCUUUUUGACAGCCCCCAUUUCUCUGACGAAAACCUAUUAUUACAACUAUUAAAGUGUACAGAUUUCUUUCCAUCUUUUAGGCGCUUACCUCGGAUCGCUUCUUUGGGCCACGCCGAGUCGCAAUCAUAAUCCUGUCCACCAAUGGAUUCGCAUUCAGCAGCACGCUCAAACGUCAUUUCGGAACCUCUACGACGCGGGGAGACGAGGGGAAACAAGACGAGACGCGGGGUUUUAUUUGUUUGAGCUGGUUAUAAAAGGUCGUGGUUUUCUCCUCGAAGUUGCUGAGAUUCUAAACCAUGGACUCAGCUCUCUCUUCGUCUUCAACACGAACAAGCACUUCAUAAACACUCAACUUGAAUAACCUGCAAUCUUACCCCUACUCAUUUAAACCUCUACAUAACUCAAUCGAACACACUGCACAUCUACCCCUAUUAUAAAUACCCCCAAUUGACUCAACAUCAUGUCUUCUCAAACCACUGCCCAAUACUUCCCCAAGAUCUACUCCCUCACCUCCGCUGAUCAUGCUCGCUCUGUCUAUGAUGAGUGGGCAAAGACCUACAAUGAGGAAAUCACUGGCAAAGGCCAAGACUAUGUCGGCCCAGCCAUUGCCGCUGCCUAUGUCCCUCAAGUUCUAGGCUCACCUACCAUCAACCAAGACGUCGAGAUUCUUGACGCUGGUUGUGGCACCGGCCUCGUCGGUGUCUUCCUCGCCCGCCUGGGUGCAAAGAAGGUCGACGGUGUCGACAUCAGCCCAGGCAUGCUCGACGAGGCUCGCGCUACAGACGCAUAUCGCAACCUGGACGUAUGUGACCUGUCGCGACCGUUGUCCGCAAAGAAUGACUCUUAUGAUGUCGUGACCUGUGUGGGCACCCUGACUCAGUCUCACGUUGGUCCCGAGGCUAUCAGUGAAUUUGUGCGUGUCGUGAAGCCAGGCGGCUACAUCGUGGCCACCGUCAUCCGUGAGAUCUGGCAGACUGGAGGCUAUGAGGCACACGUGAAGAGCCUCGCCGAGCAGAACAAGAUCAAGGUCCUGUCUGCUGAGUUGCAGGACUACCGAAGGGGUGCUGGAGCCAAGGCCUACUACCUCGUCUUGCAAGUGUCUGCUUGAAGUGAUUCGUUGAUGGUAACUUCGGUGAUGAUGAUGAUGAUGAUGCUAUGCGUUGCCGGAUUCCCUUUUCUUUCCCUCUCAACAAACAAACAAGCAAACAAACACAGCACAGCACAGCACAGGAAACCCUCCCCUGCCCCAGGAAAGCUAUUGAAGUGGAACAUACACAUCGACACUUGAUAUGGUACAGUUGCAAUCGCCUCUGGCCCGUGUCCACCAAGGUAUUCGCUUUCACAAGUUGAUGAUGACGAUAAUGAUGGUGAUCAUAUGAGAGACGACAAAGAAUGUUCGUGAUUGGAUUUCGUUUUGACAUAGGUGACUCGCCAGUGAGCAACGCGAUCGGAAUCUCUUACACAUUCCUUCAGCAACACAUGCAGCAUAAAUAUACAAAAGGCGUACGUGCCCAACUCAUGAUUGUGAUUCUGAUUAUGAAUGUGACAUGUCUAUCAUUUUGUUUUAACUUAGAUUGUACGUUAAGGAGUAGUGUCGUUGCUUCCUGGCCUGUCACAAAGCAUAUAUAAUUCUUUUCUUCUGUGGAAAUUCGGCUUCAUUGUAGGAAACGCUAUCUAAACUGGUACGAAGUGUUGCUAUGGUAUACUUAUAAUCUUAUAAUCCAAGCAUGAACAAUUAACUACUUGAUCA